GAAUAUACCCAGCACUUGUUGAAAUAUUUUGUUGACACAUUUAUUACUUUAUAUGGGAAAAAAUAUGUGUCUCACAAUAUCCACAAUUUAUUACAUAUCACCGCAGAUGCAAUUAAUUUUGGAACAUUGGAUACAUUCAGCGCGUUUCCUUUUGAAAACUUUAUGCAAAAUAUUAAAAAAAUGGUCAGAAAAAAGAAAAGCCUUUGUUACAAGUGAUUAACAGAAAAUCAGAGAUAGACUUAUUCAAAAACAUACAUAAAAUUGCUAGUAGCUUUCCAAACUUAAAACGAGAACAUUUUUAUGAGGGCCCACUAUUAGAAUUUCAAAAUCGAGCUAUUUCUCUCACUCAUUUUAAAGAAAGAGAGCUAGAAAAUUGCGUUUUAAAAAUUUCUGAACCUGAUAAUUACUGCUGUUUGAAAAACAAAACAAUUGUAUGUAUUAAAAAUUUUACUAAAACAGAAAAUGAAAUUUUUUUCUUUGGAGAAGAAGUCUUAAAAAUAGGCAGUUUUUUUGAGAAGCCUUUAAAUUCUGAGGAAGUUGGUAUAUAUUUGGCUGAAAAAGAUAAUAAUGCAUCACUCAAGAGCUGGAGGCUAAGCUGUUUUGCAUAUAAAGUUGUCAAACUUGACUAUCAAGGAAAGUUUGUAUUUUUUCCUCUUCUACACAUGAUGUAAAAAAUGUCAUAAGUAUGUGAGUUGGGGGCCGAUGUUCUAUUUAAGCUAUUUUUUAUAAUUAUUUAAGUAUUUAUAAUAUUUUAUUUGAUUGUAUUUCGUUCAUUUUGUUGUUUAUUUUUCUUGUUAAUUAUAAUAAGUAAGUACCUGCUAGUAAAUAAGGAUGUAUAUUUUAAGUGAUACCACUAUUGCUAUAUCCAAAACGGCAAGAGCUACAAGGUCAGUUAACUUAGAAAAAAAAAUGCCUUUUUUCAUGCUCAUUUAAGUCUUGGUUACAGUGCUACCAAAUUCCUUUUAGUUCAUGAAAUACAGGGUGAUUUCCAAGAUACGCCUAAAAAUAUUUCAUCCAUUAUUUCAAAAACUAUUGAUCUUCAAAUUUUAAAUUCGAUGUUAUGUGAUCAAGCUACCAUCAUCAACUUUACAAAAUGAUAAAACUUUCAAAUUUAAAUUGUGUCUCGAAAAAUCAAUAGUUUUUGAAAUAAUUGAUGAAAUAUUUUUAGACGUUUCUUAGUAAUCGCCCUGUAUUUCAUGAACUAGAAGGAAAUUGGCAACAAUGUAAACAAGUCUCUAAUGGGCAUCGAAAAAAGGAACUUUUCUAAUUUAACCGACCUUGUAGCUCUUACCGUUUUGGAUAUAGCAAUGGUGGUAUCAUUUCAAAUAUACACCCUGUAUAAUAUUAUAAUAUUAUUAUUACUUAUAUAAUACCAUCUGAUGAUACUUAUCUAUAACAAGUGAUAUUUGGUGGUGACACUAUAGUGACAAGUUGAAAUGGCAGAAGAAUCUGGAACUGUCCAAAAAACUUGGACAAUCGUUAAGUUUAUAGACGAAGAUACUGUUGCUAUGGUUCCCACAAUCUGGUUAACUAACUCUGAAAAUGGCUGGAAUUGUUUAUGGCCUCCACUGCCGGCAAACAGGAUAUCAGUGGCUGUUAGGACCCACGAAAUGAAUACUUGUGGGCCAUCUUUUAAAGUUACCAUGUUUAGAAAUGCGACUUAUGAUGACUAUCAAAAAGCCAGAAAGGCAGUUUUAAAAGCCGAAGAUACCAGUGAUCUGAACACUGAUGUCGAGAUGACUGUGAGAAGAAAAAAAAUUAACAGGAUUUCAAGUGACUCCUCAGAAGAAAAUGAUGUUCUAGUGAAAAUCAGGACUCCCCCAAAAUUUACUGGGAAAUCAUUCAAAGCAAAUGAUAAAAAUGUUAAGAUGGUAAAACAAAAAUUGGUACUAAGUUCACAAUUAUCAUGUCACAAACAGAAUGCAAAGUUGUUGGAGCCAGGAACCUCAUCAGAAGGCAACAACCAAAAUCUUAGUAAGAAUGUUGAUCUCACUAAUUCUAAUCUAAAUGAUUCAUUGGGAUUCGAGAGACACGAUAACGGACAAGCAAAUGAAUCAGUUAACGCUUCUGCUCCUAAACAUGUGCAACCAAGUGUGCGACCUAGGACAAUUGCAAGUAAUAAUUCAAAUGAUCCAAAAUGUACAUGUUGUCCUGUCCAUGUUCACUAUAUAAAAGAAAUAUUGAGACAACUUACAUUUAUCAAGAGCCGCGUUGAUGAUAUUCCCAUUGAGCCAAUUUUGAAGAACCCUGUGUCUCUGCACGAGAAAUCACUCUUUGAAAACCCAGCAGUGAAUGAUGAAGCCCUCUCUGAAUUGAAUAAUGCGUUAAAGGAUACAAAUUUUUUUGAGAAAGUGGUUAAUGAGCUAUCUAGAUUAGGGGGGAGAAACAUCUAUGACUUCUGUGUUAGAUGUUUGAAGAAAGUCAUGACAGAUGAGCUAGCUAACCAAUAUAGUUGGUUAGGCAGAAGAAAUAAAAAGAACUUCAGUGUAAUGGAAGUCUCAAAGCUAAUAAUUGCUGCUGCUGAGGCUGGGGGCAAGGCAAAAAACAAGAAGGAGGUGGAAGAUGCGGUUUCUGGCUGGCUACGAAGGGCUAACGAUAGAAUAAAAUCGAAACGAUAAAUUUUAGGUUUUUUAUGUCUAAUAAUGUUUUGUUUAGAAUAUUAAGAGUUUAUGUUUUGUUUAAUUCCUGCAAUAAGGAUGGCAUCUCAAGUUCUGUUUAGAGUUCGAAUUGUGAUAUAAUAAGAAUAAUUGUUGAUUUUUUAUUUAGGUACCUACCUACCUACUUGUUCAAUUAUCUAUUUUCCUGGAAUAAAAGUAUGUAAUCUACUAAUGUACCAUUAAUUCAUUAUUUCAAUCAUCCAAGCUUGAAGCAAAAUUUGAAAUUUCA